GCCAGUAGCUUUUAGCUGCUGUCGUCCAUGUUCAUUCAUAUCCUGCUGUAUAAUGCUGCUAACGAGUCGAGCUGGGGAGGAGGACUGAGUUGGGAAAGCGGAGGCUUUUAUUACUGUGGCCAAAGCUUUUACACAAGGCUUCAUCAUGUGGAGAGGGGAGCAAGGUCCACGGGCCUUCCAGGCCCCGGUGGAUGUUCACGCCAGCGCGGACGGUCAGGUGUACAUGUUCAGGAGGAGGCCCAACGAAUACGCUGCAUCCUCAGACGAUGAAGAGCUCAACGUCGUGGAGAUGAAGCCGUGGAGCCUCCAGGAUCAUAUGUUGGACAGGAAUGUGGAGCUGCUGGAGCGGGAGGUGUUAGACGGUGAUAAUCUGAACAAGCUGGCGCUGCAGUAUGGCUGCAAGGUGGCAGAUAUAAAGCGAGUGAACAACCUGAUGCAGGAACAAGAUCUGUUUGCGCUGAAAUCUGUUAAAAUACCGGUUCAGAAACACAGCUUUCUAACUGAGACUGCGUCGGAGCCCCAAAAGGAAGUGCCACAUUCAUACUCGGCCCCAGAGAAGCCCCAGGACAGAGCCAGAGCCCAGCCACAUCUGCAGGAGGUGACGGACUUUCUAAUGGAGGUGGAUAAUGAUAUUGACAAACUGAUUCAGACCACAGCUGAUCAAGACGAGGAAUUCUUGGAUGACCCUGAGAAACCGCAGCGGUUUGGUUUCAGGGGACAGCGGCUGACCGGUCAAGGAGCAGACUGGGGAAUCCAGUGGUGGAACGCUGUAGUCGCCAUGCUCCUGAUAGGGGUCGUCCUCCCGCUCUUUUACGUCAUUUACUUCAAAACAAAAGAUAACGGAGUAGUUUCACCAACAGGUGGAAUCGAUGCUUUACAAUCUUCAAACGCCUCGACCACGAGAUGACCCGAGCACCUUCAAGAGCCAGGAUAGCGUCUGAGAAAUUCUGCUUUAAGACAGUAAAUGACGAUCACGGUGAAGCCAAACUAACAUUUUAACCAAGUGCAAUAACACCACGUCACUUACUAGCCUCUGUGGAAUGUGCCUUUCACGAUACGAUGACUGUGAUUUUUGACUCGGGUAUUUUAGUGGCCGUAUACUGUUCUGAUUGUGAUCACAAUUUAGAACACAAACAUUUAGGGAAAGACACUUAUCUGAAUAUUACCCCCCAAGUAUCCCUAAUCAGUUUAUGGGUUUAUAUUUCCUCAGGUACCUCAAUGAAUUCAAGGUAGUCAGCAGGUUUACCCUGAACUUCUCACAUGACGCACCUGGAUCAUUAAUUACGUAUGCACUUAUCUGAAGAGAAAAACAAAAGAGAAAAGUUUUAUUAUAUCACCAGUUGCCUGUAUUCAUCACCUCAGCAUUUAGAAAUGUGUCCCACUACGGUAGCAAAUGAGGUUGAACUCUAUUGACAUGUGUUUGAGACUUACUUACUUGUGUGCUUUAGUUUUGACCUAACGUUUAUGUCCAUGUUCAUCGUUUAAUCACGGCCGUACACUUCGUGCCUUUUUUGUUUUUUUUUUUUCCUGGAACCUUCGGCUCCAAAAGUGUGAAUUUGUUUACAGCAAACAUGCGGUGCAAUAUACUUUAUUUUAAUUGCACCUGUAAGCUCCCCGACAGCUUGUGCCUUAACAUUGUAUUUGAACACUUGUGAACAGGUGACGAACUGUGGACGCCUUGUGUACUUUUUUCAUGUCCGAAAUAUAUUAACUUAAUACAACUGGAAGAAAAAAAAAUAUAUAUAUAUUUUGACAUAUUUUCAGGUCAAUGUGUGAACCAUUUUUUCAUGGAAAAUUGACAAAUGUGUGGCAUGUUCCAGCUUGAAAGCGAGCCUUAAAGUGUGACAGCCUCUAUAAAGUGUUAUAUAUGAUGA